AUGAAGAUGCUGGUGGCUCUCCUAACGCUGCUGUUGCUUUGUGUUAAUGGCGUACACGGCGACUGUCAGGAUGACUGCCUGUCCUGCAGCCGUAUCCUGCCCAAACAGCUCACCUUCAACACCAUGGAGUGCCUCUUAGAAUGUGAAGCCUCCGACACCCUGGCAUCCUCCUGGGAAACCUGCCGUAGGUCUUUGUCGCUAUCAUCCAUGCCCAAAAGAUCCCAGGAGGAGGUGGAGGCCUUGUUUCCAGAAGAGGUAGAGGAAGUGGAGGGGGAAAAUGAUGGGGAGGGCCUGCCCCUGGCCUUGCAAAGGUUGGAUCGCAUUACCCAAGUGCUGGAUGACAGAGAUGCGGACACCCAUGAUUCCUUGUCCUUGGAUGAUGAGUCUGAGGACUCCAAUAAUGACAACAUGGCCCUGAGUGUCUCCAAGAGGUUCGGGGGCUUCGUGAAAGGCCGCCACAGCUACAGGAAGCUGAUUGCACCAGCAAGGUCUUACCAGAAACGCUAUGGCGGCUUCAUCGGCAUCCGUAAGUCGGCGCGCAAGUGGAACAACCAGAAACGCUUCAGCGAGUUCCUUAAACAGUACCUGGGCAUGAGUACUCGAGCCACAGAGUACAACAGCGUCUCAGAGGAGCUCAGCCAUCAUAAUGAGGUGUAG